AUGGGUUACCUUGUUGCGGAUUAUAUCAUUGUUGGCGGUGGGUUGACAGGAUGCGUCGUGGCCUCACGCCUGAGUCAGAGCGGUGGGAAGCUUGAAGUUAUCCUACUGGAAACGGGAUCCGAUCCAUCUGGGAAUACUGCCGCUGCCAGCUUCUUGAGUGGUCUGUCACUUCUCGGUAGCGAGUUUGAUCAUGCUUAUCAAAGCGACCCUGUACUGAAUACAGCUGGUCGCACACAUACCCUUAACACUGGCAAGGCGCUCGGUGGUGGUACAAUUCUCAACUAUGGCAGCUGGUUACGUGCAGACGCCAGGGAUUACGACGAAUGGGCUGAAGUAGUCAAUGACAAACGCUGGGGCUACGAGGGAUUUAAACCUUGGUUCCGCAAGUCAGAAAACUUCCACGGCCUAAACACGAAUACCGAUGAACAUGGUUUUGAUGGACCUAUGCAUGUCACUCCAAUAUCUGCAUCCGAACCCGGACAACGUGAAUAUACUCUCCGUGGCCCGGUACGAGAGACAUGGUCUGAGCUAGGAGUGACUCUCAAUCUACAGAAGAAAAGCGGCACGAUUACAGGUUUGACAGAAAUGCUCGAGAAUUCUCGCAAUGGCAUGAGGCAGCCAUCUAACAUAGCUUAUCCGCUUCACAUCACCUUUUCCGGCACCACCGCUACCGGAGUGGAGUUAAUUGACGGACAAAAACUCGUAGCCCGGAAGGAGGUUAUUAUUUGCGCUGGUGCUUACCGUACUCCUCAAAUUCUUAUGUUAUCAGGCAUCGGUCCAUCCGCCGCUCUUGCCGAACAACGCAUCCCCGUUGUGCGGGAAUCUCCGCAGGUCGGCCAGAAUCUCCAUGAUCAUUUUGCUGUUUACUUCGCUUUCCGUUUGCGCGAUCCUUCUUUAGGAUAUGCAUUUGGAAGUCAGAGUUGGCAGAACCCCUCUUUAUUCAAAGGCCUGCCAUGGGACUGGGUCAUCUAUGAGCCUCUCCCGCCGGAGAUCAUCAAGGAGCAUGAAUACAAAGCGGAGGAGGGGGGUAGAAGCUAUUACGAAGUCAUAACUCUUUACCUACCACCUGGAAUACCAGGCAUUCCAGUUGAUGGCACCCACAUCGCUACUUCAACCAUGCUGUUACUUCCUACAUCACGAGGUACGGUGUCGAUUCGUUCGAGUAAUCCGAAGGACCCCCCGCGCAUCCAACCAAACCACUUCUCCACCCCAUUGGAUCGCGACACGCUCAUAUACGCCGCUCGUCGAACACUGACCGCCAUGCUAGCGACCAGCCCUAUGAAAGCCAUCAUCGAGAGUGAAACUCCACCUUCAGGAGAAGGGCUAGAUGGUUUGAAGCCACUCGCAGCUGAUUCUAGUGAUGAAGAAAUUGAAGAAAGAAUUCGGCGGGCGGGGAUGCAGCAUUAUCUUUCUGGAGGAACCGCAGCUAUGGGUAAAGUAGUUGACGCGGAAGGUAAAGUGCUUGGUGUCAAAGGUUUAAGAGUUGCUGAUGCAAGCAUCAUCCCAACACCUUUAGGUGGGCACUUACAGGCUACGCUCUACGCUAUGGCUGAGCAGCUAGCCAGCAUGAUCAUCAAUGAUACUUAA